AUGCUAAUCCCUGGGGCCGCCCCGCGGCGUUUGGCGACGGAAGCGGUCAAGGUGGUUACAGCAGCUACAACAGCUACCACCAGCGCCCUCGUGAUGGAUAUGAUGGUAGCUACGGUGGUGGUGGUGGCCGUGGUGGUGGACGCGGUGGUGGCAUGUUUGGCGGCGGUGGAUACACACGUGGAGGUGGGUUUGGUCACGAUGGUGGUUUCGCCCGCCCUAUACAGUACCACGACGACAGUGCCUCUUAUGCGUACCACCGUGAAGAGAAGCCUGAAGAUGAGAUAUUCAAGGAGCACACACCUGGUAUUAAUUUUGACCAGUAUGAGGCAAUUAAGGUACAACUCACGCCAAACGACACCGAGCCGGCAGAAUCAUUCUCCGCCAUGA